GAAUUGUAGAUUCAUUUUUUUUUAAUUUUAUUUUUUUUAAAAUCCUCGGCCUCGCCGCGUGCAGUCCUGACCCUCAAAGGCCUUCGCUUCUCGGCCGAGUUCUCGUUUCUCUCCUCCCUUCAGUCGGCGUUCUCGUCUGCGAUCUGCUUCCCCUCCGGCGGAUUCGACCUUCUCGGCGUUCCGUGGGUCUCGGUGUUCCCGGCAGUAGGUCUGUCGUCGCGUGUCUGUGGGUCUUGGCUUUCUCGUCGUCGUGGGUCCGGCAGCUUCUCUCUCCCUCCUCACUCGAUUCUGAAUUCAAAAAUGGUGGUAAGGAUUCGAUUAUCAAGGUUUGGGUGCAAGAACAAGCCAUUUUAUCGGGUCAUGGCUGCCGAUAGCAGAUCCCCAAGAGAUGGCAAGCAACUUGAAGUUUUAGGUUACUACAACCCCUUACCAGGGCAAGAUGAUGCAAAAAGAAUGGGUCUAAACUUUGAAAGAGUAAAGUAUUGGCUUUCUGUUGGAGCCCAACCUUCAGAGCCGGUACAGCGUCUUCUAUUCCGAUCAGGGUUAUUGCCUCCACCACCAAUGGUGGCUAUGGGACGUAAAGGCGGACCACGUGAUACACGCCCUGUGGAUGCUCUAACUGGGCGUAUCCUGAGUCAAGUGAUGCCAGUUAAAGAUGACAACAAUAAAGAUGAUGGUAUGUCACCAGAAUCUGUAUUUUCAAUCGCCUUACUAGUUACUUGAAGAGAAUAAUUGCUAUUUGUUUGUUGAAAGUGCCUACCGGGAAAGGUUUGUGAAUGUGUAGUAUGUCAUCUAGAGCCAGAGAAAGAGUCUGAUGGCAUUUCCACCUUGUCAAAUAAGAAUUUUAUUUCUGGAAAGGAAUUGAUGGUUAAUCUUGGUGAUGAA